GGUUCUUCGUUGUGGCUCAAGGGUGUGGAAGUUACCGCGACCAUUUUCUUGCUUCCAUGUUUAGAACCUCUCUGCAUAGUUGCAGAAUCAAUAACAGCAGCCUCUACUGUUGUAGCCUAAGAUUUAGUGGGCAAUUUAUUGUACGGUUCCCGGAAGCACUUCACACAUUUUGGGUGUCUCAGUUCGUAAUUGAGAGACCAAGCGAGUGAAAGGGACUGAAGAUAUUUUCUGUACUAUACAGAAAUGCACCAGAUAUGCGGUCUGCAGUGCACAACUCAAGCGAGCGUACCAUUUGGAUGUCGCUUCUCUCGUAGCAAAUGGAAGAGGACCAAAGUCAUACAAGGUCCAAAAGCAGAGUCAUCAGAGACAAAGAAAGCUAAAUUGCUAGCCAGGAAAAAGGAACGAAUCAGUUUGUCAAGUUACAGUGACCAAUUUGGUGUAUCUUAUCCAAUUGCGGACUUUCUUAACCAUCGAAUGGGGAUUGAAUCGAUGCUGAAUACUAGAGCAUUGCAAAGAUUUGAGCAACUGACUCCCAGCACAUACAGGUGUUAUUUACAGAAAAUUCAGCUUCUGAAUUUUGAAGUGGCCCCUAUAUUGGAUUUGUCUGUCACGCCAACAAGUGAUGCUUGCAUUGUUGAAAUGUUGUCUUGUAAAUUUGAGGGUUCAAAAAUCUUGGAAGAACAGAACAAGCAUUUUUCAGCUUUUAUGAGGAACCACAUAAGGUGGAAUGAGAACUGUCCUGAACCAUUUCUUGAUGUUGAUGUGGAAGUGACUAUUCUUCUCCAGGUGUACACUAUGCCUUUUGUUAUGCUUCCGAUUUCAGCAGUUGAAACUCCUGGGAAUUUGAUCAUGCAAGCUUUGGUUGACAGACUGGUUCCACUACUCUUCCAACAACUCAUUCAAGAUUAUCAGACUUGGGCAGAAGCACAAUCUCGACUUCCUCAAAAGGCUUCUUCCCUCUCUCAAUACAAGAAUGGCGGUUAACGGGCUUUUAGAACCCAGCGCAGAGCAUGCUGUAGAUGUAGAUGGAGGAGAAGGUGAGGGUAUUGGUGAUCAUGUAUCUAGAAGAUUAACAAUUUGCAUACACCUAGCAGUAAAAGCUUCUGAUGGUCCACACACUGUGCGAACGGAUAAUGCAGCAGAAACUUUAUAUAAGACGCGAGCUCCCAAGGCCAACUAUUUCCUGAUUCGUUACGUCGUAAUGACAACUUACCAAAAGUAUGUUAAUCUGCAGAGCCUGUAACCAAUUCAUGAUUUUCUGUUCAUAGUUCCUGUAAAGUUUCAUGGUCCUUCUCAAUUGCUCCGCUUUAAAUAAACUAUAGAAUGCCUUUCCUGUGA